AUGUCAACUAUGGUAUGCACUAAAAAAGGAUGCCAACACAAAACCUUAUGUUCAGAUUGCAUAGUCACUCAUCCUAAAAAUCAUUUAGUUGCAAUCCUACCAUUAAGAGAUUUUGAUUCUUCUAAUUAUUCUGUACCAAAAACUAUAGCCAGUAUUGAUAUACAUUCUAAGAAAAGAGGAUUUGAGUAUUGUUAGAUAAAGAAUAUCAAUGUUAUUGAAUCAUUUAAUAUAAACUAGAGAAAUAUUAAAAUCAGAAUGUAAAAGAUUAUAAAAACAUAUUGUCAACUACUUUAUAGAUAAAUUAGAUUGUAUAUAUAUACGUUUAUUAAAUAGCUUUUAUUAAGACUAUUAUUCUUUAAAUUGAAUAAUUUUAUAAUGAAAACAUACUAAAAUUGUGAAAAACAUAUUAAUAAACUUAAUUCAAUUAUUAAUUGAGAAUGAUUCUAGGAAAUUUGAUUUUUUAUUAGAUUUAUAAGAGAAAUUAUUGUAAGUUAUUGUAUCUACUCUUACUAAAUAAGCAGAAGAAUUAAAUAGAUCAUUUAUUAGUAGUGAUAUCUUAAUUAAUUAAAAUUUUGAAAAGGCUAUUUCAUUUGUGAUUAAAAAAGUUUUCUUUGUAAGUAAAAUAUUAAAAAUUGAAUAAAAACCAGUUGUAAUGGAUGAACCUGAAUAUGAUUCUUUAACAAUUCUCAAAGUUAAUCUAAAAAAUUAAUAAAAGAAUAUAGAUUUUUAUUAAUCAACCAUUUAACCAUAUUUACAUUCUGAUCUUUUAGGAAAAGAAUAUAAAGUUCCUUAAAGUUCAGAUUUUGUACCAAAGUAAUAAAUUAUUUUACUAAAGAACAGUUCCAAAAGAAACUCCUUAAUUAAAUGGGCUACAUUUUGAAAUUUUUAUUAGUUAAUAAAAACAUUUAAAUACAGUUGUUUAAGGUCAUUUAGAUAUAACUACUGGUUUUAAAGCUCAUAAAUUAUAAUUUUAUAAUGAAACAAUUACUUGUUUAGGAUUUCAUAAAUAUUUAUUUAGUGCAGGAUUAGAUAAGACUUUAAGAGUAUGGGAAAUAAAAGAUUAAGCUAUUCUUGUUAAAAGCAUCAUAAUUCAUACUGAAUAAAUUAGUUGUAUUGUUGUUAAUCAAUAUAGAGAAAUUAAUAAUAACUGGUAGUUAGGACAAAAGAGUAAGAAUAGUAUCAUUAGAAUAUGUUAUUUAGAGAAAAUGA